CAAGAUAUAAGGCGACACAAAAAUACAAUAGAAUAUCACAAUACACCGUCUAAACAUUAUCCAAGAUAUAAUAAGUAUCACGAUAUCUCAAGAAAGGAAUAUCAGAGAUACGAUAACUUUAAUAAACACCCAAGGGGUAAUACUAAGCCAUACCACCCAUCCCCAGUAAGACGACCUAAAUACAGCAGCUACAGUCAAGCUGUACAGUCAAAUAUUCCUGAAAGAAAUGACCGAAAAUCAGUACCCACAACAUAUGUGUCAAAUAGAACAGAGAGACAACCACACACCUCUAGGGUAGAUAUAGGUAAUAAACCAGACAUAUUUAGAACAGAACAUUCACCUUCUUUUUUAUGGAAGGACCCAAUCUCAGAGAGACUAAAACAAUCCCGACAUAUCAAAAUUUGGGA